AGUGCAGUGUGUGCGUUAUGUAGCUCUAUGUCUGAUCCUGGUCAGAAACAAUGGGGCAGUGAAAAAAACGAGUGGACGCAUAGAUAUAAAUGUAAAUAUUUCUGCCUGUGUGUGCACUAGAGACUUGAUUUUUCUUUUGUUUGUUACUUGAGACCUUGGUCUACAUGGAUUUAGACUCCAAACACUUGUACAUAGUUUUCUUCUGUUGAAAAAUGAAUAUAAUUUAAUGCAUUUUAGUUCCGUUUUAUUUUUUCUUUUGGGUUUAUGGUCUUAGAACUACUUAUAAUGUCAUGUGGCAUUAUAGAAACUUACAUAUUCAAAUAGCCCAGGUUGUGCUGAAAAAAUGAUGAUACAAGAUUCUUGCUUGUAUCUAGCAGUAUUGGAUUUAUACAGUUCUUUAAAUCGUAAGAGGUCCGAGGUACAAGUACACUGACACAAGUGGCUUAGACUCAACCGGAAGGAGACUGUUUAGGCUGCUCCGGUUAGCUGUCAAACGGUACUUAACGAGCUGAUUGCAUUGAUGUGUUUAAGUAUUCCAACAGUCAGUUUUCGGGAAAUUAAUUGUUAAAAUCUUAGCUAACGUCUAGUCGGAAAUAUACACGCGUUUAAGAACUCCGGCUGUCAAUUUGAGGGAAAUUAACGACUAGUUGGCUGUUAGUUUGGCUAACUGCGUUAGCCGUAAACAUUUAGCAUUAGCUUAAAGAGUUUGCUGUAAAGAGUUAGCUAACUAGCAAAGACAAUGUUUUGGACUGCGGCUCCUCUGCUUGUCUUCAUCUGUCUCCUGGUUUUUACUGGAACCACAUAUGGACAUAAACACGGGCCAGGUGUUGUCAGAGUGGUUGAGGGGGAAGACGCCAUCUUACCCUGCUCUCUGAGCACCAAGGAGGACAUUGUACAGAAGCUCUUUGACUGGAAGAAAGAUGGUCAGAAGGAGGUGUUCCUGUACGAUGCUGGCAUUCAUUACAAUAACGGCCGUCCAGGUCAGGAUGAGCAGUUUAAAGGACGGGUCUCACAUUUUCAGGAAGAACUGAAGUAUGGUAACGCCUCCAUAAUAAUCAGAAACACUAAGAUAGAAGACAGAGGAAACUACACCUGUGCUUUUCCACGUCUUAAACCAGAAGGAAAGAUUUUCAACAUCGAGCUCAUUGUUGAGUGGACCUUUAAAAACAGAAACAUCUCUGGUGCAGCUCCACCUCCAUACCUGAAGAACCUUGGUGCCACAGAGGACGGGGUGUUGCUGCAGUGUGUUGUUCGAGGUGCUUUUCCAAAGCCUAAGGUAGAGUGGCAGGACAGUGAUGGAAAUGUCCUCCCUGCUGAGGAGCCACAUGUCUCAGAGAGAGGAGGACGCUACGACGUUACCCUCCUCACCAAUGUGACCAAGACAAAAACCAACCGCUUCCGCUGUGUAGCCACACAGGAGAACAUCGGCCAUGUGACUGACGAUGACAUCUAUGUACCAUUCUGUGAGAGUACCUGUGGGGACUCCGCCCACAAAUGGAUCCUUGGAAUUGCUGUUGGAGUUGUUCUGACUCUUGUAGCUGUGGGUCUAUAUCUGGUUUUGUAUGGUGUUCCAAAGUGCAUCACAAGACGCUUCAAAAAAGGUUUAUUGCAGCAGAGGAAUGGCCCUCCACAAGAAAACAGGUUUUCAGCAGAGCCACUUAAAAUGUCAACCUGUGAUGCAGAAAAUGAGCGUGCUGGUCCACAGAUGAACGGUUCUUAUAACGGUCCUUCAGAUCCACUUAAUGAGUGUUAGCUUUACAUCUACAAAGAGUGUGUGUGUGUGUGUGUGUGUGUGUGUGUGUGUGUGUGUGUGUGUGUGUGUGUGUGUGUGUGUGUGUGACUAUACAAUCCUCAGCCUUCAGGAGAUGCUUUAUCAAACUUGUAAUGGUCAGUUGUUGGUUGGACUGACUGAGUGGUUUUGAUAAAAUACAUAUUACAGUUUUUAUACAGUCUGGACAGACAGUAUUUGGACAGUUACACAUAUGUUGUUCUUCAGGCUCUUCAGCAGAGUCAGUACCACUCUGUCACAGAAUCAACAAAGAUUUAACAAGUUUCAUUCAGGGGCUUUUUAUUACAGAGCUUUGUCUGAGCUCAGUAUAGAUUAACAUGUAUGUUGAGACUGAAUGACUUUUAUUACCACACUUUGCUUAGAAAACCAUGAUGUUUCUAAAUGCUCUUUGUAUUUCAUAGGUAUUAUUUUCUCUCAUUUACUCGACUGUGGAGUCAACAUAGUACCCAAAUGAAAGAGAUAGAGCUGUGUAGAAGUCAGACAAUGUACUGAAUAAUGAGAUAACAAAACUUAAUGAAGGUAAUUUUAAAAAGUUAUUUAUAUCUUAUUGGUUGACUCAAACUUAAAACUUAAGUUCCAAAAGAUCAGAGGCUCAAACUAAAAGGGACCAUUACCUUAAAUAAUCAGUGUUAUUGCUGUUAAAUCUCAGGUUUAGAUUAAAAUCUCAGAAUGUAUUUUAUAGCUUGUAUGUUGUGCCUUAAAACAUCAGCAAAAACACAAAAUGCAGCUUGUGAGAUGAGGCAGUAAUACCUGAUGCUGUUUUACUCUUUAAAAAUUGGUUAACAGCAUACCUACUGUAAAUAUUUUCUGUAUAUAUAUUGUCUGUGAAUAUUUUUUUAGCUUAAACUUUAUGUAAAUAUAAUAUAAACAUAAACCUGUAUAUAUUAUAUUUUAUAUUUUUAUAUGCUGCGGCCUGACAGUGAAAUGAUGUUUUCUCACUCUCUCUUUGUUUUGAAUUCAUAUACUGGAUGUGUUGAUCUCUGGAUAUCAUUACAUAAAAAAGUAUCUGUUUUGUCUGUUAUCAUGUAUGCUGUACCACAAGCUUAAAGUUACUCUGUGUUUCAAGUAUACAAGCAAAAGUUCUAUUACUAUAAUGCUUCUUGACAAAAUACACUGGGUUUGUUAUUAAGUUGUUAUAUAUGUGAUAGAUAGGAAAUGAUUUCUUCAAAAGACAUUUGCUGUGGAUGUCAUUAUGGAAACAUCUGCAUUUCUUAGAGAUAUAGACAUAUAUCAGACAAAUAUGUGUCACUGCUGAUUUCUCACAGAGCUUGUUUGCUGCCGUCGUACCUGGCAGCUGCUGAAGCUGGCAGCUUUUAGUGUGUAAGGCAUGGGGAAACUGUUUUACCUAUUUCUUUCAGCCUUUUUUAUUUUUGAGAUAUUCAUUGUGCUUCAUCACAAUUCAUAAUGAUUUGCUUACCAAAAUCAA